ACCACAUAGCGUGAAGACGACAUACUGAGAUCUGUCUCUCUGCCUCCUUUUUUGGGUCAAACUGCAGAGGAGACCCAAUCUAGAUCGGGCCACAGCGCACCCGAGCCCAAAACGCAAGCGGCGAGACGCGCAGCGAAUCGAGCGAGCUGGGGCGAGGCGAGUGCAGGGGCGGCAGCCCGCUCCUGGAUGAGAGCGGGAGCGAGGCCAGUGCAGGGGCGGCAACCCUCUCGUCCAGAAGGGGACGAGCAGAGGGAGCGGCCGCGGCAGGUCGUCUAGGCGAGGAGGAGCAGCGGCCGGGCGGAUCCAGGCCGGCCGACGGCGGAUGCAGGCGCGGACGACGGAGAGGGGGCCCGCCGGCAACAGAGGAAGGCGAGGCCGAGCGGUUGCAGUUCUUAGAAUAGUACAAUAAGCACUGCUGGUUGCAGUUUUUACUCUGUUUAACUAUGAAUCCUAUUUCUUCUCUUGUAGGCUUGCAUGAUGGAGGCUCCACAGUAUAGACCUUGGUCAGAUCUUCCGCCAGAACUCUUGGGCCUUGUCCUCAAGCGCCUCCCCUCGCUAGCUGACCGUGUUCGUCUGAGAGCAGUCUGUCACCCAUGGCGCUCUAACAGCCUGCUGCAACCACUUCCCCUCCCAUUCCCAUGGCUCACCCUCCCUGAUGGCACCUUCUUCAGCAUCCCAGGAGGUGAGGUUCACCAGAUGUGUUUACCAGAUGGUGCUCGUUGCCAUGGCUCCAUUGACAACUGGUUAUUCCUCAUGAGGAGUGAUGACGCAUGCACAUUGAUGAACCCUUUCUCUAAGACCACAUUGGAGCUUCCUAUUCCGCUCUCAUUUUGGCAGCGUAUACACGGCGAAUAUGAUCCUAAGCAACUUUUGUACAAGUUGGUGGUACCCUCGCCCCUAGACAUAUCACCUGAUUCCCUUGUUGCGGCAUUGAUCAAGGAUGAUGAUAAUAUCGGUACAGUUUGCACUAGUCAGCCACUGAUUGCCACUUACUCGGUACAAGGCAAUUCAGUACAUCGCUUCUUUGAUGCCGCGUUGUUCGAUGAAAAGUUGUACGCGGUGUCUGUCUUUGGCCAGCUCUUCAUCCUUGAGUUAUGCAGAAACCUCGAUAGUAAUUCAACCAUCAAUCGCGUAAUCGACUCUUCGGGCGAUUUUCAUGGAGGACCAGAAUGCAUUUCCAGAGAGGUGGCGUUCACAUACAUGGUGUAUCUAGUUGAAUGUGCUGGUAGACUAUUGGUGGUGAAACGAUUCAUUCGUCGUCUGAGCCCUUCCCCUGAUGACAAUAUCUUUGACAAUACUCAAACUCCUGGAUUUGUUGUCCUUGAGGCAGACCUGCACUCCAACCCUUGCCGAUGGAAAAGGAUCAGUGAGUUGGGGGGACAUGCUCUCUUUGUUGGCCAGCAUGGCUCCAAGUCUCUGCCUGCUAGAGAAUGCAUAGGAUCCCAGGAGGAUUGCAUCUACUUCAUUUGUGACUAUCCCCAUCCAAAGUAUUUUUUCGAGUCCAUUUCGUGAAUGUGGUGUGUACAACAUACGGAAUGGUAUGGUCAUGCAUUGAUGUCUCAGACUGUAGCACCUGCACAUGAUGCUGGCCAGUGGCGCCCGACAUGGUUUUUACCUGCCGAACCUAUGUGAUCAGUCUAUCAGGGUGCUUACUCUACUGAAGCUUUUAUGAUCAGAGGGGUAUGCAGAUUCUCAUAUGUAUGCCUAACUUGUUCUGCUGAAGCUUUGUGAUCAUGCCAGUAUGGGUGCUGCCCAUCUUUAUCGUAGUGAUAUGUUAUCGUGUAACUUAGGUUAUUAGUUAGUAUGAUGAUCAACCGUCCUGGUUCUGGCUAUCUUUAUCCUAGUGCUAUGUUAUGUACCGUCUAAUUGUGGAACUUCUAAUUAGUAUGAUGGUGCUUCAUUUCCAUGGGAUGUAUUCGGAUGUGCAAUUUCAUCUUUCAUUUGAGACUGAUAUGUACAACUUG